UUCUUAUUCACAUCCAACAUAGAAACAAAACAACAAGGAGCCCUUCUGCUCCUUAAUUGCAAUGGAACACCCCUCGUCAUUUCAAUGCCUUCUGCUCAUCUCUUUCAUAUUUUCAUCCUAUUUGACUGCAACGCAAUCUUCAAUAACUCCAAGGUUGAGCCCUAUAGGGGAUAUAACUUUACACGACACUGCAGCCCUGACAGCAGAUGAUACAGAUACAGGGGACUUGAAAACUUUCUAUUACAAACAGACCCUGGAUCACUUCAACUACAGGCCAGAAAGCUACACAACAUUUCCGCAAAGAUAUCUGAUCAAUUUCAAGUACUGGGGUGGAGCCAAUUCCAGUGCUCCCAUAUUUGCUUACUUUGGCGCAGAAGAACCCAUAGAUGAUGACCUUAAGGUCAUUGGAUUUCUCAAUGAUAACGCCCCUUCCUUCAAGGCUCUCAUAGUUUAUAUAGAGCACCGGUACUAUGGCAAAUCAGUUCCGUUUGGAUCCAGGGAAGAAGCUUUGAAGAAUGCAAAAAAUAGAGGGUAUUUCAACUCUGCUCAAGCUAUUGCAGAUUAUGCAGCAGUCCUCUUACAUAUAAAGAAGAAACUGAAGGCACAGAAGUCCCCAGUGGUUGUUAUUGGAGGAUCAUAUGGUGGAAUGCUUGCUUCAUGGUUUAGACUCAAAUAUCCCCAUGUGGCUCUCGGUGCGCUUGCCUCAUCAGCUCCAAUUCUCUAUUUUGAUAACAUUACACCAUCAAAUGGUUACUAUUCUGUUGUCACGAGGGAUUUUCAAGAAGCAAGUGAGACUUGCUAUGAAAAUAUCCUCAAGUCCUGGUCUGAAAUUGACAGAGCAGCUUCUGAGCCAGAUGGCCUUUCCAUCCUUAGUGAGAGAUUCAACACUUGCAGUCCUCUGAACUCAUCUUCUGAGUUGAAAGACUACCUGGAGACGAUGUAUGCUUCUGCAGCUCAAUAUAAUCGACCACCAAGGUACCCAGUUACUGUGAUCUGUGGCGGCAUUGAUGGAGCCUCUUUUGGAAGUGAUAUUCUCAAUAAGAUAUAUGCAGGUGUAGUGGCGUACAAGGGUAACGGUACAUGUAAAGUCAAUGGCCCUAUCAACACAACUGAGACUGCUGUCGGUUGGAGAUGGCAGAGAUGUAGUGAGAUGGUAAUACCUAUAGGGCGUGGAAAUGAUACAAUGUUUCCACCAAGCCCUUUCAAUCUCAAAAGCUAUGUGAGGGAUUGCAAGAAGGCAUACGAUGUUGCACCUCGGCCUCAUUGGGUCACUACUUACUAUGGAGGCCACCAUAUCAAAUUGGUCCUUCAAAGGUUUGGGAGCAACAUCAUUUUCUCAAAUGGGCUCAGAGAUCCAUAUAGUAGCGGAGGGGUUCUGGACAACAUAUCGGACAGUAUCGUUGCCGUCCAUACAGUCAACGGUAUUCUCUUAAGAUCUCAUUGCUUGGAUAUUCUGCGCGCAAUGCCGAGCGAUCCAAAGUGGUUAGUCAACCAACGAGAGGAAGAAGUCCAGAUAAUUGAAGGAUGGAUCACACAGUACUAUGCAGAUCUUCGCGCGCUGAAGGUGUAUUAAAUUUGCCACAGAAAAUUAUUGGCGCGAAAAAUUAUGCGUUAAAAUUGCAUUAUAUUAAUGGAAAAAUGCUCGUUGUAGCCGUAAAAUCAACAAUAAUUGUCGAUGAUAUACGAUUUGAGGUACAUUGCUCCUUUGUUCUUA